GAACACGAAAAACGAAUGUGGUCCGGUGUUUUUUUCCAAGCUAAAAAAUUUCUUUGGUCUAAUCGUUUGCAUUUUUUUUGAGAUAAAAAAAAGUAUUAUUUAUUAAAUAAAAAAUAAAAGAAAAUUAAUCUUAAAUGAUGGAUGUACGACCAAAUCAAACCAUAUACAUAAAUAAUCUAAAUGAAAAAAUCAAAAAAGAAGAACUCAAAAAGUCGCUCUAUGCGAUUUUUUCACAAUUUGGACAAAUCUUGGAUAUAGUUGCAUUGAAAACGCUCAAAAUGCGAGGACAAGCAUUUGUUAUAUUCAAAGAAAUCUCGAGUGCCUCGAAUGCCUUGCGUACAAUGCAAGGAUUUCCAUUUUAUGACAAACCAAUGAGAAUCGCCUAUUCGAAGACGGACAGCGAUGUGGUUGCCAAAAUCAAGGGAACCUUCAAAGAGCGCCCCAAAAAGGUUAAGCCGCCAAAGGCACCAGCUACUGAAGAAAAGAAGGAUAAAAAGAAAAAGACUGGUGGAGCAGAAAAUGCAGCAUCCAAUUCGACUGCCGAACAGCCACCAAAUCAAAUUCUUUUCCUUACCAAUUUACCUGAAGAAACAAAUGAGAUGAUGCUCUCAAUGUUGUUCAAUCAAUUCCCUGGAUUCAAGGAGGUACGAUUGGUGCCGAAUCGACAUGAUAUUGCAUUUGUGGAAUUCGCUACAGAGUUGCAGAGUAGCGCCGCCAAAGAAGCGCUACAAGGAUUCAAGAUAACACCAACGCAUGCAAUGAAAAUUACUUUUGCCAAAAAGUAAAAAUGUUUUUAGCAAUAAAUUUUUCACUGAAAAAAAAAAAAAA